AUGGGCGCCCUGGCCCUGGCCCUGGGGAUUUUCCACUACCUGGGGCUCUACCUGCAGCUCGGCGCCGCCUCCCCACCCCCGUGGGACGCCCCGGCGGCGGGCAGCGCUCUGUUCACCGAGACCCCGCACGACAUGACGGCGCAGGCGGGGGAGGAUGUGGAGAUGGCGUGCUCCUUCCGCGGCAGCGGCUCCCCCUCCUACUCCCUGGAGAUCCAGUGGUGGUACGUCCGCAACCACAAGGACUGGACGGACAAACAGACGUGGGCUUCCAGUCAGCUGAAAUCAUCACCACCAGAGGAGCCCGGGAAAGAGGCGACAAAAAUCAGCGUGGUGAAGGUGGUCGGCAGCAACAUCUCCCACAAGCUGCGGCUGUCGCGGGUGAAGCUGGAGGACGAGGGGACCUACGAGUGCCGGGUGAUCGACUCCAGCGACGGCAAGGCACGGCACCACAAGGUGAAGGCGUACCUGCGGGUGGAGGCGCCGGGGGGCCCGGGGCACCCCCAGGACACCGAGCUGCGGGAGGCGCCGCUGGCAGAGCUCGCCGCGCCCGGCUCAGCGCACGCACACCACCACCACCACCAGCACAAAGCCGGGAGGGAGCUCAAGAAGCGCUCGGCAGACACCUCCUGUGUGCUGUAGGUGGGCGCUGCGGGGGGACGCCGGAGCCCCCCUCCGCCCCGGACUCAGCGGGGCCAUCGAGGGUCCCGCACCCCCUGCCAGAGACUGGCCCCAGCACCCCGUCCUGUCCCGCCCCCCUCGCCCCCUCCCUGUCCCUGGGGCCCGGCGGUGCCAGGGCUCGGCGCGGUGCGGAGCGGGACCUGCCGGCGCCCCGGCUGCACCCCGGGGCUGUGCCCGGGGCCGGGGCCUGUGCCCGCGCCUGGGGUCCCCAUGCCCCGGCCUUGUGCGGGCGGUGCCGCGGGCUGUGCUGUGCCCCAGCUCUGUGCCCAGUGGGACCCUCCCUGCCCUCCCCCGUGCUUCGCAGACCCAGCCGCCUGUUCCUGUAGGUUGCCCCGUUUAGUUGCUCGGUUCCAGCCCCACAGUGCGUGUCUAAGUUCCAGCCUCCAUCCUACAGCCCGUGUGUAUCCUCCCUCCCUCCCUGCCCUGCCCUGCCCUGCCCUGCCCUGCCCUGCCCCGCAGCCCCCAGCACGUCAAGGCCUGAGCUCAGCAGAGGAAGGACGGCACGGCACACUGCCCGGCACCUCGGGCAUCGCUCAGCCAGGCAGCUGCCCGUGCUCCGUGUGUGCCCGGGAAGGUAGACACCUCCUGUGCCGCGGGCGCUGGCCCCUCGCACCCAUCACUCCUCUCCCCUCGCAUCUCACACAGGAUGGGGCGCUCAUCCGCCAGCCCCGUCCAGCGUGGUCCCAUCCCCUGCCCGUGCUGCCGUGGCUCUCCGCCCCCUCUCGGUCAAGCAUCCCUCCCCUCCAGGCCACAGCACCACGCUGCCCCGGGCAGGGUCUGGCCCAGGGGCUCUUGUGCCGCAGUGCAAACAGCAGAGCCCGUCCCUGCUGCCCCCAGGGGUGACCGCGGCCGCUGGGGCCGGAGCUGUGGGGACGGAGGGGGGCCCGAGCCUCCCCCCCGGGUGCUGCUCCCCUGCUGCCCCCCAGCCUGCCACCAUCAGACCUGCUGCAGCUAA